AUGGCCGCCACCACCACGCCACUUCCCGCGCCUCCCUUCGUGGACGUCCCAGGCCUGCCCAACUUCCGCGACUGCGGCGGCUACCCGGUCGCGAACACCACAACCACGGGCAGCGGAGGUGACAAUGGCGACGGCAAGACGCAGAAGAUCAUCCGCCGCGGCAUCCUCUUCCGCUCCAGCGAGCCCUCGAAGCUGACGGAGGACGGCGUCGCCAUCCUGCGCGACACCCUGGGCAUCACGCACGUCUUCGACCUGCGGUCCAAGCCCGAGAUCGAGCGCGACGCCAAGCUCGACGGCAGCCGAGGGAGUGGGACGGCGCCCGCAGGGUCUUUGCGCCUGUGUUCCUGGACGAGGACUACAGCCCUGAGGCUGUCGCGAGGCGGUAUGCGCACUUCUCGAGCGCCGAGGGCGAGAAACAAGGCUAACAGGACAAUGCAGGGCUUCGUCCACGUCUACGACCGCAUCCUCAAGAGCGGCACCGACCCGACGGGCGCGCAGCCCUUCGCCUCCGUGCUGCGGCACCUCGCCUUGCCAUCGCACGCCCCGACGCCGAUCCUGACGCACUGCACGGCCGGCAAGGACAGGACGGGCGUGCUGUGCGCGCUGGUGCUGUCGCUGUGCGGCGUGCCCGACGACGCCGUCGCCCACGAGUACUCGCUGACGGACCUGGGCCUGGGCCACCGCCGCGACGAGUUCGUCGAGAGCCUGACGCGGUCGGGUCCUCUCAAGGGCAACCGCGCUGCCGCCGAGCGGAUGGUCAGCUCGCGGCCGGAGGCUAUGCUGGGUACGCUGGCGCUGAUCCGGCGGGAGUAUGGGGGCGUCGAGGAGUUUGUCAGGGGACGAUGUGGGUUGUCUGACGAGGAGAUCGAGGGGAUCAGGAGGAAUCUGACUAUCGAGGUCGGUGGUGACCAGAACCCUGUUGAUUGGGAGGAGCAUCGGAAGCUGUUAUUAUAG